AUGAUUAAAAAUUUGGAGGCAAAUGCGAAUAAGUGUUUCCAAUUACCAGCUGAUCCACUCCUCACUCCAGUGCCCGCUUGUUUGACAACAGAUUGUGCAAAGUGUACGAUGACAUCACCGCUCAUCGAAAUUGAUACAACAACUAGUAACAAGACUAUCCCGUUUUCCAAAGAUAUUUUGAAUCAAAAUGCACAAGGAUGUGUGGUUCGUGUGAUGGAGUGCCCCUCGGAAAUCGCUGGCCUGGGAGCGCGUAUUCAGUAUGACUAUGAUUCCUCAAAAUUCGCAACAAGUGAGCGCUUUGGAGUAAGAGCCGUUCUCACUUGCAAUUCCACCGGAAACGGUUGGGAGUUCACGUCAUCGAUCCGUGAAGGGGAAUAUAUCGGAAAUAAGACGACAGUGGAUCACGUGGCGCAGUGCUUUGGGCCAACUUGUAACAAUACGAAUCUUUGC